GAGCCUCUUUCCUGCCCCACUCCUAUACCUUUAUUCUUUUCAGAUAUACUUAGUCAAGCCGCCAAAGUGGAGAGUGUCGUUGCAAAAGGGGGUCCUUCUCGUUUCAGCGAGUUCCUGGGGAAAACCCCAGGUUCUAGCGUUCAGAGAUGGAUACCUUCUCGAAACACUAGACGAGAUGCCAACCCCCCCAAAGAGAAAGGGCAAAAUGAUGCAAUCUUCAGGAAAGUGAGAGGCAUACUUAAUAAGCUGACUCCAGAGAAGUUUGACAAAUUAUGUCUGGAGCUCCUCAAUGUGGGUGUAGAUUCCAAACACGUCCUCAAAGGAAUCAUCUUGUUGAUUGUUGACAAAGCCCUCGAAGAGCCCAAGUACAGCCAGUUGUAUGCUCAACUAUGUCGACGCUUGGCUGAAGAUGCACCAAACUUUGAAGAACCAUCAACAGAAAGUCAAGCAACACAAAAGCAGAAUACUACCUUCCGACGGCUUCUGAUUUCCAAGCUUCAAGAUGAGUUUGAGAACCGUGCCAGAAAUGUUGAACUCUUUGACAAACAUGACAACCCACUCACUUCCGAGGAAGAGGAGCAGCGCGCCAUUGCAAAGAUCAAGAUGCUGGGCAACAUCAAAUUUAUCGGGGAACUUGGCAAACUCGGCCUUAUCCACGAAUCUAUCCUUCAUAAGUGCAUCAAAACACUUUUGGAAAAGAGGAAGAGAGUCCAACUCAAGGAUAUGUGUGAAGAUUUGGAAUGCCUCUGUCAGAUAAUGAAAACGGUGGGACCUAAACUCGAUCAUGACAAGGCUAAGUCUCUGAUGGAUCAGUACUAUGGCCGCAUGCGAUCCUUAACGAACAACAAGGAACUUCCUGCGAGGAUUCGUUUCCUGCUGCAGAACAUGGUGGAGCUGCGAGCCAACAACUGGGUCCCUCGCAAGGCGUAUGUUGACAACGGACCAAAGACGAUCAACCAAGUUCGUCAGGAUGCAGUAAAGGAUUUAGGUGUUUUUAUUCCACCGCCAACUGAUGGAAUGAGGAACGAGUUCUUCAUGGAGAACUCUUCCUUCCUGCCAACGAGGAUCAAGUUCGACAGGGAAACUCUUGGUGGGCUGGCAGAUAUGUUUGGACAAAUGCCUGGAAGUGGCAUUGGUACAGGUCCAGGUGUCAUUCAGGACCACUAUUCCCCUACCAUGGGACGUCACCGCACAAUCCCACACUUCAAUGGCCAUGUUGGAAAUAGCAAUGGUUCACACCAGCCUCAGUUUGAAGCGGGAAGCAAGCCUUUCAUAAAACCAAACCAGGGGCAGAAUUCGCCCGUUUUCAACCACAAACAGAAUCACUCAGGGCAGAUGCAGUCCAAGGACAUGGCUUCACGAUUCAGCAAGAAAGGAAAACUGAAUGCUGAUGAGAUAAGCCUGAGGCCGGCACAGUCUUUCAUCUUAAAUAAAAAACAAGUGCCGAAGCUGCAGCCACAGAUGACUAUGAUCCCUUCAAAUGCCCAAGGUUUACCACUAGGACAGUCUCCACAGCUUGGCUUGAAGACCAAUCCUCUUCCAAUUCAAGAAAAACCUUCAAAGUCCGUUAAGAAAGCUCCUCCUACAAAGGAAGAGUUGCACAAAAUGACAGAGACACUGAUAACCGACUACCUGAACAACAAGAACAUCGACGAGGCAGUGAACGCCGUGAGGGAGAUGAAAGCGCCCAAGUACUUUUUGUCUGAGAUGCUGAACAAGAUCGUGGUUCAUUCCCUCGACCGUUCAGACGAGGAUAAAGAACAAGCGAGCACCCUGAUCCAUGCACUUUCCACUGAGGGCCUUGUCACUAGUGAAAACCUAAUGCAGGCCUUCCUGAGUGUUCUGGACCAGUGUCCCAAGAUCGAGGAAGAAGUCCCACUAGUGAAGUCUUACCUGGCCCAGUUUGCAGCACAUGCGAUCGUUGCUGAUCUGGUCAGCCUUGCAGAUUUGGCCCAUCAGCUGGAGAACGGUGCACAUUUCCCACUUUUCCUGCUCUGCCUGCAGCAGAUGGUCAAACUGAAGGACCGUGACUGGCUGGCCGACCUUUUCCAGCUGAGCAAAGUCAACAUGCAGAAGAUGCUGCCUGAAAUUGAUCAGAACAAGGACAGGAUGCUGGAGAUUCUGGAGGACAAAGGUCUCAGCUUCUUGUUCCCCCUGAUGAAACUGGAAAAAGAGCUGCUGAAACAGAUCCAAGUUGAUCCCUCUCCACAGUCCAUCUACAAGUGGAUCAAGGACAACAUCUCUGCUAAACUACACACUGACAAAGGCUUUGUCAACAUCCUCAUAACCAGCUUCUUGCAGUACAUUGCGUAUGAGAUCAACCCCAACGACGACGAAGAGCAGCUUUCAUCGCCAAGCAAGGAACAGUUGGACGAGGAGAAGCAGCUGAUGCUGUCUUUCAAGCCGGUGAUGCAAAAGUUCCUGCACGAUCACAUCGACUUGCAAGUUGGUGCACUGUACGCCCUGCAAGUCCAAUGCAAUGCUAAAGGUUUCCCCAAAGGCAUGCUGCUGCGCUACUUUGUAAACUUUUAUGACAUGGAAAUAAUUGAAGAGGAAGCCUUCCUUUCAUGGAAAGAAGACGUCACCCAAGAGUAUCCAGGGAAGGGGAAAGCAUUGUUUCAGGUGAACCAGUGGCUGACCUGGCUGGAGACCGCAGAAGAAGAGGAGUCGGAGGAUGAAGAAUACUAAGGAACAGGCCAAAGCCAUGUGUUAUCAGGAUGCAAUUAAUUUUUUUUUUUUUACUUUUGUAAUAUUUUUUUUUUGUCUCCAUGUUCCCUUCCCCCGUCUCAACUGAACUCCUUCCCUCUCCUUGUUUUGUAUUUUUCAACCACUGUUACAAUUCAUUACACUAUGAAAUAAUUUGACAAAUCCAGCCAGCGUCACCAUCUAAUUAUAAUUCCUCUUAAAUUUUCUUUCGUAUUUGAUGUCCUGCAGCAGAAGUUUUUUUUUUUGUUUUUUUUUUACACAUUUCAGUCAUCUUGGGUCAUGUUUUCUUUUGCAGCAGGCAGUGUUGUGCAGGAAAAAACAUUGACACAAAACCUGACACCGUUUUAUCGGGAGUCGCCAAGUGCUGCCGAAACAGUUUACUAAAGAGAAAAGGCUCUGACGUACAGCAAAGAGACUUUCCUCAGUGUUUUAUCAGCUUUGGUUUAUCCGUUUUUAGAUGCACUUUGCUCACCCAUCUUGAGUCGUUGCAAUAGUAAAAUAUACUUUUGAGUUUUGGCUCCCUUGAUUCUAAUGGGUUUCCUGUGCUUGAAAAGCAGACCAUUUUGUCUCAAAUCCAAAUCUUCAGGAUCUAAUGACUUUUAACAACAGUGGCCUGUUUUUAUUUGCAUAGUAUGAAUUCAGCUACCCACAUUAGGUUAAAUAAAUCGAGAGGUUUUUUUUAAUGUAUGGAACUGUUGUGCUGUUAGGAAUGAAUCUGUGUGGCCUUCACUUUUUUUAAUUUAUCAAUUAAUAUGGAUAUACCUCUAACGGAUCUCAGACUAUACUUGAACGUCUCGGUUUCUACGCUGAGGCAGCCAAAGCUUAGUUUCCUGUACUAGCUGUUCACCACCAUGUGUGGACAUUUAUAGUCUGCCAUAUUUGUCAAGUUUUUAACUGGUCUUUUUAUCUUCACAUUACAAAGAAUGUACUGUAUGUGUACACUUAAAAGUUUUGGAGUGACACCAGAAUUUUAAGAGUAAUAUGUUAAGUGUACAACUACAGAUCAAGGUUGAAUAAAGUUAACAGUCCAUCCUGUUGUCCUGAAGAAUUUUCUUUUCUUUUUUUCUUUUUUUUUCAAAUCCCUGUCCUGGUAGUUUUCAACUUUCCUACAUUUAUCUUGAAGCUCAUUAAAAUCAUAAGUAGUUUUGCCAUUUAUUAACUUUCAAUUCUUAACUCACUACAUUUGAUUCUGAAAUAGAUGUUUUGCGGUGGAAUUGCGCUGACAUCCUGAAAUGUAGUCGACAAAUGUAGCACAUUGUUCUCAACAUGGUCCAAAUAUUUAGGGUAGCUGGGUUAAAUAAGAUGCUCGCUUAGUGGCAGAUGUUGGGAGGAAAACUAAAAUGUUUUAGUUUGUCACCAAAUCUCUGUUUCACUUAUGUCUUUGUGAAUGAAUGGGUGAAUGCAAACUUAACAAAUGGCUUACAUGCUUUGCUUUUCUUUCUCCAUUUGGAUAUAUUGUCAUUUUGUCUCCGAUUGUCACCGUCUACCCUAUGUCUUCUACACAGUUAAUCCACACAUACAGAAUAAAAUAAUCCAAGCCAAA